AUUUUACAAUGAUAACAACAUAAAGUGUGAACUAAUCUUCUUAAGGCAUACACUAAAUACUUAAGAUCGAACGGAAGUAUUUGUCCCUUUCCUCCUCUAUCUAGUUGUGUCAUAUUUCCGAUCUUGAUAUCAAUUAUUUGAGACUAAAUAGAUAAUAUUAUAUGGUACAGUGGAAUAAAUAAGGUGUGAAAACUGUUCGACAAUCCAAGAACUUAACUACAGCCAUCAUGGAUGGAGUCAUACCAGCAGGCAUAUUUAAUGCUUUCCGGACGAAUGGAGCACCUACAUAUUAUGGUCCUAACCAAACACCAUUUGAGGCAGAUAUUCUAGAAUCUGGAUUCAUAUUUGCCUUUGUGAUAUUAGCGAUAUCUUUCUUUGUAGUUUUACCAGGAAUACGAGGGAAAGAGAGACUAUUUGUAUUCAUACGGGUAACAGUGACACUGUUUAUUGGUGGAGUUAUAAUGCUCGCAAAUUUAAGUAUGGAGUGGGAAACUGCUGAGCUAAAAAAUGUGCCAACUAAAUAUAAAGCAGGAGAAAACAGAGAGAUACACGCUGAUAUAAAAGUACACAUUGGUUUUAGAGGAAUUAAUAUAACUAUGAAAGGCGAGCCAGAAAUACAAUUAAACGAGACAAUAAAUUAUAACGAACAUUUUGACUGGAGAUGGGAACAAGGCAGAUUUGGAUUUGGAAUUUUUGCCGGUCGUUUUAACCGUGAGUACAGAGAAGCACAGUUCCGUGGGUUGCCGCUGCCAAUUCUGUGGAUUGCCGAAUAUUUUACAUUUGAUGGUGAAGGUAUACGAUGGGGUCGGCAUUAUCGGCAGGCAGGAUGGUAUUCUCAUAUCAUGAUGUGGUUGGCUCUUCCAUUAUGGUUUUUAACCAUCAUACUGUUCUUCGUACUGUUAAAGUAUGGAGCCUACUUCUUAAUGUUGACUGGAGGAGUGAUGGUGAUUGCGAACAUUUUAUGGUCUACCAUCAGGAAUUUUAAUGAACUAGAGAUACCAUUGGCUUCUGACCAUGUUUUGAAGUUUACGUAUGGUGGUGCCUACUAUGUGAAUCUCAUAACAGGAGUUCUCUGUGUUUUGCUUGGAGCUAUCAUUUAUAUAAUGGACUUGAGAUUUCCAUCAGUUAUCGCAUCUUUCUUUGGUGUUGAUGUACUUCAGGAUGAGUUUGAUGAUGCUACUGUUGAAGAUGAUGCAAGCACACCAAAGAGCGUGAAAGAUGAGCCAGACCAGAAUGGAAUGGAAAUGAGGGGAAUGUCAUCAAAAGAUAAAUCACAAGCAGCAACUGCUGAUGACGAGGAAGAAGAGAGUGAUGAUGAAAUUUAUGAGGCUCCAACGUUUGCUCAGCAACCAACAAUGAUGACUUCAAUAAAGAAGCAGAGGUUUACUAAACGUGUGGGACUACAGGCACCACGGAGACGUCCUCCACCACCUAUACCGGGGGAAGAUCCAGACGAGGAUUAUGAAAAUGUCAGCCGACCAGAUCAAGUUCGACUGAAUAUGGGAUAUCACUAGAAGAAACAAAGAACGUUGAUAUUAUAUGAGUCAGGAUGUUUUGAGAUCACCAACGAAAUACACUUACUAAUAUGUGAUAUUUUAAAAACAAUGGAUAUGAAUAUCAUGCCUAAAUUAGCCUUUGUAUAUAAUUAUGUUAUAUUUUGUACUUUCUGAUUCCACAACAAUAUUAAUACUGAUAUUAUAUUUGGUUAUAGCUUUAUGUAUCUUUUAACUCAAAAAUCCAAUGACUAUAUUUUGUAAAUUGUUUGGAAUCUUAAGAUAAUUUGUUUGAACUAUUGUAUAAUUUUUUUUUAACAUCUUAUUAAAACAACAAUUUUAUCUAGUUUCAAACUGAAAACCAGAUAUUUUUCUUUUAACUAGGCUUUUUGGCUUUGUUUAUAUCAUUCCCUAAAAUGUUCACCGUCUGAAAAAAGUACAUUAGUUUUGUUAUAUAGCUUUUAUAGUAUGUACUAUACUGUUCAUCUAGCUUAGUAGCUCAUGUUUAUUUUUAUACUACAAUUUCAUCAAUAAAAAAUAUAUUAUGUG